AUGAAUAAUUAAACAGAUUAGUUUACAUCAACUAGACUCUCAUUUUGUUAAUAAAUCCAUUUGUCUGUUACCUCAGUUCUUGAACACUUACAUAAUUGUCGAUUCCCUACAACAGAAGAUGAAGCCCAAUAAUUCAUUCAAAAUUAUAAGGUAGAAUAGCUACAAUAUUCAGCCAGCCUCAUAUUAUUGAGAGUUACGAGGAUAUGAUAGAAAAUCCCAAUUUUACAAUCAUACUUGAAAAAUAAUAAUUCUUUUUUGGUAUUAUUAUCAAUGGUUAGAAGAAUGGAAUUGGAAUUCAUUAUAAAAACUAGAAAAGCAUUUUUGAAGGAAUUUGGUCAGAUAACUAAAAGAACGGAAGAGGUAUUGAGUUAUUUUUUAAUGGCUCUUUCUAUAUUGGAUAGUAUUAAAAUGGAAAACCUGAAGGAACUGGUAAAUUUUAAUGGUAAAAUGAUGAGACUUAUGAAGGAUAAUGGUUAUAAGGAAAAAAACAUGGUUCUGGAAUUUGGAAGGGAUCUAAAGGAGAUUCUUAUAUUGGAGAAUGGAAAAUAGGGAUUCCAGAUGGUUAUGGUGUACAUUAAUGGAUUAAUGGUGAUCGUUACGAAGGAGAAUUUAAAAAUUGUUUAAAGGAUGGUUAAGGAACUGAAAAAUUUACUAAUGGUGAUACUUAUAUAGGAUAAUAUUAGAAAGGAAAGCCUAGUGGAAUUGGAGAAUAUUUUUGGAAUAAUGGAGCAGUUUAUAAGGGAGAAUUUAAAGAUGGAGUUAGACAUGGUAAAGGAAUUUGGAAGAGAGGAAAUGGAUUAUCAGAUUCUUAUAAUGGGGAAUAUUUAAAUGAUUAGAAAUCAGGAUAAGGUAUUUAUAUAUGGGCAGAUGGAAAUCGUUAUGAAGGAUCAUUUCUUAAUGAUUUAAGAGAUGGUUAAGGAACAAUGUAUUGGCAUGAUGGAUCAUUUUAUAAAGGAUUAUGGAAAUAAGGAAUUCAAGAUGGAUAAGGAAUCUUAUAAAUUAAUUAAGAACUUAUCAAAGGUACAUUUUAUGGAACCAAACUAAUUCAAAUGGUUGAAAAUACUUAAUAUAACAUAAAUUAAACCAGAAAUAAAGCUCAUUCAGUUGAAACUAAUUCAAGGUAAUCAUCAUAUGGAACUGAUGAUUAUCGUUAGAAUGGCAGUUUUUCAUAAACUUAAUAAAGAAAAGAUUCUACUGAAUAUAGUACAAAAGUUAAUUCAUUUACAUAAACAUAUAGAAAUAAUAAUCCUAUUGAAUAAAGAUUCAUGAAUAUAUCAGUUCCAAAAAGAAUUGGAAUAAUUACAAAUUCAAAAUUGUUACAAUAAGUAAAUUAGGGAAGAUUUCCGAAAAUGCAACAAUAGUAAUCCAAUAAAUAAAAAUUAUAAUAAAGACUAUGGAAACCAACUGGAGUCCCAUAAAAUGUAAAAUUUUGA